UUACUUAAAACUGCAUAAUUCUUUGUUUUCUUCUACUUUUUAGGAAUGACGAUUGUUCGAAUUGCUCAUUUAGCUCUUCUUCUCAUGCCAUCAGUACUGUUAUGCAAGGAAUAUUUCACCGCAGCUGUGUUUGAGCAUCAAACAAGGGGUUCUGAUGAGGCUGUAAAAAAUUUACAGGCAGCUAUGGGUAGAAAUUUGAAGCUGUACGCAAAAGCUGCAAAAAUAGCUUCCCAAAAUGGGGCUGACAUUCUUCUUUUCAAUGAGUAUGGAUUAAUAGAUGAUCCAUCAAAUCAGGAACAAUUAGGGCGAUACGCUGAAAUUAUCCCCGAUCCUAAGAAACAAAAGUCGAAUCCUUGUAUUGAAGAUCAUAACAACAGAAUCAGGCUUUCGACAAUCAGCUGUUUGGCGAGAGAUAACAAUUUGUAUGUUGUUGCAAAUGUGAUAGAGGCUCAAGAGUGUGAUUAUUUCUGCCAUAAAAAUGACGUUGAAAACUGCGCGAGUGAAUGUCCUAAUGAUGGUGUUUUCAUAUACAAUACGAACGUUGCAUUCGACAGAGAAGGAAAUCUGAUAGCGAAAUAUCGUAAAAUGCAUCCAUAUUUUGAGAGUGUCGAUACACCGGAACCGAAUUUCGUCACUUUCGAUACCGAUUUCGGCAAAUUUGGCCUCAUCGUAUGUUUUGACUUAAUAUUUAGAGAAUCUGUUGAACUAGUACGUAACUAUAAUGUGGAUACUUUGCUAUUCUCAACUUUUUGGUUUGAUAGGAUUACAAUUCUAAAUGCAGUUGAAUUCCAACAGGCUUGGGCUUUGGCAAAUAAUGUAAAUUUUCUAGCAGCUAAUACCCAACUGGCAAAAACAGGAUCUUUGGGUAGUGGGAUAUAUUCAAGGCAUUCAGGAUAUUUGGUUUAUACAUAUGACAGUGAUGGCGAUUCUAAACUUUUGCUGGCAAAUCUCAGAAUAAAAAAAGAUGCUAAAGUUUCGCAUAUUAAUUCAAUCAUUGUGGUCAGGGAAAACGAUUCUUUUCUUAAAACUGAAGAGACAGGAUCUAAUUUCCCAGCAAACUGUUUUCAGGAGUCUGUUGGUCCGGCCAAAAGUAUUAAUGACUACAGAUGCUUUAGACCUAUGACAGAAAACUUCACAAUAACUAAACUAAGCUCUCCCUCUGGAGAAAUUAAAUCUUGCAAUAACGGAUUAUGUUGUUCCUUGAAGUAUUCUACCGAUGGCUUGGAGGAUGAAAUUUAUCUAGCAGCAUUCAAUGGUAGCAGUAAUGUUAAAAACUUCCAUUUCUGGUGGGAAGAAACUUGUUUGUUAAUCAGGUGCGAUCCUUUUAAUGGUAAAGAAUGCGUAAUACAACCUACCACUUCGAAAACAGUGUUUAAGAGUUUAGAAAUGAGGGCGAAAUUUGAAGCUGAGAGAAUUUUUCCAACAGUCACCAAAAACUAUUAUAGGUUAGCACCAAAAGAAGAAUGGACGCUCGGAACUAUUGAGACAGAAACCUAUUUAAGAUUUCAGUCGAAUUCCACUACACCAUUGUUGAAGGUUGCUUUAAUGGGAAGGAAUUAUAAACGUGACCCACCAUUUAUACCAUUCAAUGUCUCAAGACGAUUAAGAUUAUCCCAGCUCACUCAUUAAUACCAUAUAUUUAUGCAUUUAUUAAAAAAUUUUAUUCCGAUUUCGCUCGAAAUUCGU